UAAUAGAUGCACACUACCCACGUGGACGUACACAGAAGAAAUGCAGGAGGCCAUCGAUUUCUCCAGGUUACAACAAGAGCACAGCAAGGCCACCGAGGAGAGCAAUGACAAGAUACAGAAAUGGCAAGAGUUUAAGGCUGACUAUGAGGCACUACAAACUAGACUGAGCACACUACCCAAUCAGCUAACUCAUGACGUUAUGGUGCCUUUUGGAAGGUUUGCAUUUGCUCGUGGUCAGCUUUACCAUAGCAACGAGGUGACUGUGUUGCUAGGGGAUAACUGGUUUAUCAAGACCACCACUAAACAUGCCCUCGAGAUAGUUGAGCGGAGGAAGAAAUAUGUGUGUGAGAUGCUGUCACAGGAACAAGAGUGUUUGAAUGAUCUAGAGAAGAGGCAGUUGUUCACAGAAGAGUUCCAGUCAGCAGUAGGGGACACUGUGGAGAUCAAGGAGAAGUGUGUUCCCCCUCAGUCAUCACCAGGGAAGGGAAAAGAACGCAAAGCUUGGGUGCCUAAAGGCAAUGUACCUCCUCCAAGGAGAGUGUUCCCUCCCUUAAGAAAAGGCCCGAGGGACACACUAGAGGCUGUAUCAUCUACAAUGGAGAAACUAAACGUUAACGUUCAGAGCGUUAGUGAAAGUGUAACCACGGCAACCAACCAGCCUCUACGGAUAACUGUGACUCAUGGGGAGGCAAGUAACGACAACACGAGUGAAGGGAGCAGCGAGGGAGGACGACCUUUGUACUCUAGUCCAGGAGACAUAUUCCCUCGUCUCACUCGACAUGAUGUUGUUGAUUCUGUUGGCAUGGCAGCCAAGAGUGUCAGAUGGGGUCCCACUGAGUACUCCACACCCCCUGUCACACAAGCCACGCCCCCUCCACCGGGUAGACCCAGGGCAGUCCGGCCAUUUACUGGUCAAGUGAUAGAGAGGAUAUCGCCCCAGACCACACCCACUACUGACAAAACCACACCAAUUGCGGACAAGUUGCAGGGAAACAAGAGAAGCUCACGUUUCAAGUCAAACAGAACUAAAACUGAUUAGCUGAAUCCUGUGAUCACAUGUUUGUUGACGUGCAAUCAUUAAUUAUACACCACCUGUCAUUAUAUUCAAGGUACCUAUAAUUAUAUAUAACAAUUCAGCUUGUGUGAUAUGAAA